AUGGAGACUGAAAUGAGUUUUUCUCAAUUGGCUCCUCCAGUCUUUGAUGGUGAAAAUUACCAACUGUGGGCAGUGAGAAUGGAGACUUACUUGGAGGCUUUAGAUCUUUGGGAGGCCGUGGUAGAGGAUUAUGAUGUUCUUCCGCUGCCUACCAAUCCCACGGUGGCCCGGAUCAAGAGUCACAAGGAAAAGAAAACCAGAAAAUCAAAGGCGAAAGCAACUUUGUUUGCUGGUGUGUCUGCAACAAUUUUCACGAGAGUUAUGGCUCUCAAAUCAGCAAAAGAAAUCUGGGAUUAUCUGAAGGGAGAAUAUACAGGAGAUGAAAGAAUACGAGGCAUGAAGGUGUUGAAUUUAAUAAGGGAAUUCGAGUUGCAGAAAAUGAAGGAAUCUGAGACUGUCAAAGAAUACUCAGAUCGGUUGCUUGGCAUUGUUAACAAGGCACAAGAGCAAAGGAGGCUUAUGAGGCAAGAUGGUAUGGUUGAAGGAGCCCUGGCAGCCAACCACAAAACUCAAAGCAAGGGUAAUAAUGUAAAAAAUUACCCGCCUUGUCAGCACUGUGGCAAAAAAGGUGAUCCACCAUUCAAAUGUUGGAAGAGGCCAGAUGCAAAGUGCAAAAUUUGCAACCAACUUGGUCAUGAAGCUGUAAUUUGCAAAGACAAAUAUCAAAAGCAUGAAGCAGAUGCCCAAGUCGCCAAUGAAGAAGAAGAAGAUCAUUUGUUUGUGGCAACUAUUCUUUCAACCAAAAAAUCUGAUUUUUGGUUGAUUGACAGUGGUUGUACAAACCACAUAACAUAUGACAGAAAUCUUUUCAACGAUUUCACGUCUAUAGGAAAUAAGAAAGUCAGAAUUGGAAAUGGUGAUUAUAUUCUUGCUAAAGGAAAAGGAACUGUUGCAAUCCCAACAAAUUCAGGUACUAAGAAAAUUUCAAAUGUUCUUUAUGUUCCUGAUAUUGAUCAAAAUUUAUUAAGUGUUGGACAACUAAUGGAAAAAGGAUUUAAAGUAUCCUUUGAAGAUAAAUAUUGUUUCAUUUAUGAUGCAACUGGACUUGAGAUUUUAAGGGUUAAAAUGAGAGGUAAUUCUCCAACUGAGGACAUAUGUGAAAAUAAGGUAAGGAAGAAGUUGUCAAUAUUUCAGAAAAUGCAAUUCUGGAAGAAAGUUGACAAGUCUCAAGGCAAGAUGCAAAUGAAGCUGAAAAAUGAGCCAACUUAUUUCAUUAACAAUCAUGAGAUGCAGCAAAAUACAGAAGUGAACUCGAUUCACUGCAAGUCCAAAGAUCAGUUGGCAGAUUUACGUACAAAGUCGCUUCCAGUUAAAGGUUUACAAGGGACAAAUUCAGAAUUUGCAGCUUCAAAAGCAAGGAGGUGUGUUAGAAAUAUGCUUUAG